CAAGGAUGCCUAAAUUCCUCAGUGAGCGAGUGUUUACAAAUUGGUGAGUGGCGCAUACUGUGUUGGCUACUCGAGGCAUAUAACCUCAAAAAAUUUUUCAGUGGUCGAAUAUAUUUUCUCAAGGUACACAGUCGUUUCAUACAAUCAAACGAACAAUAAAAAGCAGCGGGUGCAUAGUUAGAAUGAAGGAAGAGUCGAACCUUUCUUGGACAGAUGCAGGUGACGAUUAUAAUUUUAAUUCGGUAGUCUCUAGCGAAAUCCAAAAUUUUCGAACGUUCCCAGAUAUUAAAACAUCGGCAAAUUACGUGAAUGUGGCAAAGCCAUUUCACGAUGAAAAAAUAUUCGUCGACUUUGAGUGCAAAGAUGUUAAACCUGGACCAACAUCUUUAUCAUCGGCGAUCUGCAAAUAUGAGUAUCAAAAUUGUGGAUCUAUUGUGAAAAAAGAAAGCGAAAAUAAAACCAAUGGCAUAAAUGAAAAAAUAUUCGUAGAUUUCGAAUGCAGGGAUGUGAAGUCUGAACCGAAGUCUCUAUCGACAACCAUCGACAAAUCUGAGUCUCGAAAAUUUCAACCUAUAGUGAAGAUAGAAAAAGAAGAUCAGAGCAAUGAUAAAAAUGAAAAUAUAUUCAUUGAUUUCGAGUGCAAGGAUGUCAAAUCUGAAGUGAAACCAUUAUCAGAAAUAACCUGCAAAACUGAGGAUCAAAAUUUACUACCAAUUGUGAAAAUUGAAAACCAACUGCAGACAAAUUACUUAAAAGAAAAAGAUUUCGUAAUUUUACGAAAGAAAGAAUUAAAUUACGACAAUGACCGUGAGAUCCAAGAAAAAUCCCGAAUAAAAAUGAACAAAUCGGAGGAAACAAAGAUAAUUGAAAAAACAACUCAAAUCAAAUUAUCUUUUGAGUGCCAAAUGUGUCGAAAAACGUAUAAGUCGCAAGUAAAUCUGAGAAGACAUAUUAGCACGACACACAUGGGGAUUAGACCAUAUGAAUGUGAGAUUUGCCACAAAUCAUUUGGAUACACACAAAACUUAAAAAGACACAUAAAUGUAGUACAUAAUCAAAUCAAACCCUUCGAAUGUGAGAUUUGUCAUAAAUCAUUUAGACAAAAUCGAUAUCUCAGAAGACACUUGCAUGAUAGUAGAAAACGAUUCGAGUGUGACAUUUGUCUUAAAUCAUUUUCACUUAAAGGUAAUCUAAAUAAACACAUACGUUUAGUCCAUGGUCAGAGCAAACUUUUUGAAUGUGACAUUUGUCACAAGUCAUUUGGAGAAAAAAGUACUCUCAAAAGUCACAUAAAUGCAGUACAUGAGUGUAGAAAACAUUUCGAGUGUGAUAUUUGUCAUAAAUCAUUUUCACAUAAAGGUAAUCUAAAUAUACACAUAAGUUCAGUCCAUGAUCAGAGCAAACCCUUUCAAUGCGACUAUUGUCACAAAUCAUUUGGAUACAGGGGUGACGUCAAGCGUCACGUGAAUGCAGUACAUAAUCAGAGCAAACCCUUCGAAUGUGAGAUUUGUCACAAAUCAUUUGUACGAAAAGAUAAUCUCAAAACACAUUUAAAUUCAAUACACGAUAAUAAGAAACCCUUUGAAUGUGAGAUUUGUUACAAAUCAUUUGUACGAAAAGAUAAUCUCAAAACACAUUUAAAUUCAAUACACGAUAAUAAGAAACCCUUUGAAUGUGAGAUUUGUUACAAAUCAUUUGGAUACAAGGGUGACCUCAAAAAGCACAUAACGAUAGUACAUGAUGGUAGCAAACCCUUCGAAUGUGAGAUUUGUCACAAGUCCUUUGGAUACAAGAGUCACCUCAAAUAUCACACAAAUACAGUACAUGAACGGAAUAAACCCUUCGAAUGUGAAAUUUGUCUCCAUAAGUUUGGAUCCAAGGGUAACCUCAAUGUUCAUAUCGAUUCAGUACAUGAACGGAAUAAACCCUUCGAAUGUGAAAUUUGUCUCCAUAAGUUUGGAUCCAAGGGUAACCUCAAUGUUCCUAUCGAUUCAGCACAUGAUCGGAGCAAACCAUUCGAGUGUGAGAUUUGUCACAAAUCAUUUGUACGAAAAGAUAAUCUCAAAAUACAUUUAAAUUCAAUACACGAUAAUAAGAAACCCUUUGAAUGUGAGAUUUGUUACAAAUCAUUUGGAUACAAGGGUGACCUCAAAAAGCACAUAACGAUAGUACAUGAUGGUAGCAAACCCUUCGAAUGUGAGAUUUGUUACAAAUCAUUUGGAUACAAGAGUCACCUCAAAUAUCACACAAAUACAGUACAUGAACGGAAUAAACCCUUCGAAUGUGAAAUUUGUCUCCAUAAGUUUGGAUCCAAGGGUAACCUUAAUGUUCAUAUCGAUUCAGUACAUGAUCGGAGCAAACCAUUCGAGUGUGAGAUGUGUCAAAAAUGUUUUGGAUCUAACAGUUAUCUCAAAAAGCACAUUAGGGCAGUACAUGAUAGUAGAAAACUUUUUUAGUGUGUCAUUUAUCCAAAAUCAUUUGUAUGCUAAAAUGUACUUAAUAGUCAUUGUGUAAUAGCUCGUAAUCUUAGAAAUACCUUUGAAUGUGAGAUUUGUCACAAAUCUUUCGAGUACCAGUAUAAAUUAAAAACUCACAUAAUCACAGUGCAUUAUCAUAGCAA